AUGUCCGAGCCAGAGACUCCAUUGCAUGCUCCCCCAAAUGAACAGUUAGAUUUGAGCAAUAUAAAAGAACUGGAUGAAAAUGAUAUGACCGAUUUAGACCUUGUCUCUGAAAUUGAAAACCCUGAAAGCCGUAAUAGUAAUAGUAAACCUGAGUCUAAGAGAGAAUUUACAGAAGAUGAGGAUAUGUAUGAUGACGUGGAUGAUUUUAAACCAAGAAUCAAUAUUGGCUCACCCUUCAAUUCUAGUACCGAUAUGGGACAGCUGGGGUCAUCGCAAAAUUCUGGAAGACCAAGAGGUAGACUAUCGCUAUCACAGCAAUCUAAAUUUAUCGCUUAUUUGGAUGAGCAGCUGAUGAAUAUCCAGAGAAAAUUCGUACAAUCUCGUGGUCUUAACGCGGAGAAUGGAUAUUCAGGGUUAGCGCCCUUAUUACAAGAUUUAAAAUCUGUGAUCGAUUUUAUUUGGUAUUCCAUAGAUGGCACGACUCCCAACACCGAGAAACUACUUACACAAGAUGUAUCUGAAAUUUCUGUUGAUCAGUUCGAAAGCUCCAAAUCUACUUAUUUUGGCCAAACUGCAUAUCUCAUGAGAGUUGCCGACGACAUUAUGGAUUAUACGGAAAAAUUCGAUUUGGACCAGUUGGAUUUCCAUGAAAAAGGUAGUGUGGUAACUAAGCUCUUUAAGCUUUUGUUCAUCUUGGAUCAUAUCUUUGCCCGACUGCUAGAUGGAACCAUUCCUGGUAGAACUAAGAUGAAUCUUACAGAUGCUGUGAGGAUGAGAGCUAUAGCAGAAAGGACAAGAACAAGACUACCCCGAUACUUGGGUCAAAAACAGGUGCAUGGAUACCACUAUGAAGUGAGUAAAAUAUACGAAGAAAGCUUAGAGAGAUGCAGCGGCUAA